CCUGCCAAGUCGUUGCUGAAACCGCCCAAACAGGCUGGGAGCGCUUGGCAGUUCUUCUUUACGGACCGACUCAACGCGGCGAAAUCGGAGCAGCAGACGGGCCACAAGCUCAACGUUGCCGACGUCGCCAAAGAGGCUGGAGUGGCUUACAACGAACUCUCCGCCGCACAGAAGGACGUGUAUAUCAAACGUGCCGCCGACGCUCGAGAGGUGUACAAGAAGGAGUAUACGGCAUGGUUGGGGACUUUGAGCCCGGAUGAGAUCAAGCGGGAGAACGAGUUUAGGACGGGGCAACGUAAAGCGGGCAAGAGUAGGAAGGGAAACUUGAAGGACCCGAACGCGCCCAAGAAGCCGUUGUCGGCGUAUUUCUUGUUCUUGAAGGCGAUCCGGAGUAAUAGGGCGUUGACGAGGAUCGUUUUCGAGGAUGCCGAGGCGACGACCAAGCAGAGCACGUUGGCGGCUAUGAGAUGGAGAGGUUUCACCCCGGAGCAAAAAGGACCCUUUUUGCGACAAUCCGAAGCGGACAAGGCCGAAUACGAGGCGGUGCGCAAGCAGUACGAUCUGGAUACACAGGCG